UCUUAACUAAUGACCGAAUAUUUUUUUUUUUGCCACUUCCGGUCUGACCGGGGUUGGCUUUAGAGCUCUACUUUUACCUAGUUGGAUUUGAAUGUAAAUAAAAGCAUUGUAUGAAUUAUGAAUGAUUCAGUAUCUUAACAGCCGUGCUCGUGACGAUGCGAAUACUGACAAGAAUUUGAAAAAUCAUUCCACAUUUUUCAUUCUUAAUUUAUGGUGCAGUCAUCGAGUACGAGUAGUGACCGCGCGAAAAGAACGCUCUAUAUAUAAAUGUUUAAGCAAACAGAUACAAGAUAAGUAAGAGAUAACGUUUAGGUUCUAAGAGAUUAGUAUUAAGGACGUAAUUGAUUUCGAGAAUCACCGUCAUGUCGGUGUUCGCGAGCCAAUACGAUGCUCUAUUCGUGUCCAACCAGAAGCUGAAGGAGAUAUCGAUCCUCCUGAGGAAUGGAAGAACCGUUCAGAGCAAAGUAAUGAACCUGAUCUUCACCAUACUCCGCUGUAUUGUUUUACACAUCGACAAUCAUUGUACCCGUUUACACGAAUUCAAAGAUGUUUUCAGCGAUAAUAGUCUAACGACUCUGAGGAACGACCUAGAGGAUCUUUUGUACUUCGAUGCAAAAUUCUUCAAUUGUCUGCUCUUGGAGUUGACGUUGUACACUUUGCGGAAGGAACGCAAUUAUCUCGACAGAAAUAUCGCGUUGAUCCCAAACGGAACGAUGUCCAGAAGCCGAUGGAACGAUGUGAUCAUUCGGAGGAAAGUCAAGGCCAUCGUGAAGUUCAUGAUUUUUCGAAAAACUAGAACAUGUAGGUGCUUACAGGUCGAGGGUGACGCGUUGAACUGGUCCUCCUACAAAGAUAAAAUCGGUGUUAUACUUAAUAAACAGAUAAAUAGUAAAAAUAUAUCAAACAACAGAAUCGUGGUUGAUCAAAACAACUGCUUGAAAUAUUCGAAAGACAAUUAUCAAAGGGACAUAGUGGAUCGGAUUUACUUCAGAAGGAACGGUACGAACAGUUUACAAAAUCGUUCAGGAAUGGAAUACAAUUUAAAAGAUGUUUACAACCAACGGUUCUGUAACAAGAUCUAUUGUCUAUUCCACUACGGAUGGAUAUGGCUUUCCUUGUAUUAUUUCACCGUGUUCUUUAUCCAAUGUUAUUCAACGCUUCGUGAACAUUAAAUAGAUUUUAGUUUAAUA